AUUUAAACACGGGUUGCUUAUUUAAACACGGGCUAGAAGAACCGCGGGACCUUCUAGCCCAGAGGACUGACACCAGUGCACCAGCUCAUCCCCUAUAAUCCGAGCCUGCGGGUGCGGGUUCUGCCUGCCGGUUGGUUACCUGUCUGUCCCGCACGGAGGGGCGGGCUGCGGGGCAGGCCCCCCGCAUGGUCUGGGUCGGUUCCGAGACGGCGGCGGCCGGGCCCCUCCAGCACAGAAGUGAGGACCGGUCUCAGGACUAUGCAGAGUGGAAGAUGGCCCUCUUCCAGCCUGUUAUGGCGUGUUCCACAGUCACACCUACUCUGUGAGAGUUGGGACAUUCUCCACGUCUGCACCCCCAGGCUGCGCUCCGUCCCCCAGCCCUACCCUGUGACUGGUCCUUGGAGCUAUGGAGCCAGCUGCUCCCCUGCACGUCCCCCUGCCUCGCCCGCUGCUCUUCCUCCCCAUCCUCGGCUUGUCUGCACUGGUCUCAGCCCAGUUUUCGGUCGUGGGUCCAGCUGAGCCCAUCCUGGCCAUGGUGGGAGAAGACACCAUGUUAAGCUGCCACCUGUCGCCUGAGAGAAGUGCCGUGGACAUGGAGGUGCGCUGGUUCCGGGCUCAGUUCUCGCCCGCCGUGCUGGUGUACAAGGGCCAGCGCGAGAGGACAGAGGAGCAGAUGCAUCAGUACCAAGGACGGACAACCUUCAUGAUCGAAGACAUUCACAAAGGGAAGGUGGCCCUGGUCAUUCACAAUGUCACGGCCCGUGACAACGGCAUCUACCGCUGUUAUUUCCAACAAGGCAGGUCCUAUGACGAGGCCAUCAUGCGCCUGGUGGUGGCAGGUGUAGGGUCUAAGCCCCUCAUUGAGAUAAAGGGCCAGGAGGAAUGGGGCGUCUGGCUGGAGUGCACCUCCACAGGGUGGUACCCACAGCCCCAUGCAGUGUGGAGGGACCCCUAUGGUGAGAUCAUGCCCGCCCUGGAGGAAGCUUACACCGAGGACACAGAUGGCCUCUACAGGGUCACCAUGACCGUGAUUGUCGAGGACAGCUCUGUGAGGAAUGCAUCCUGUUUGGUGAACAACACCCUGCUGGGCCAGGAGAGGGACACUGUGGUCUUCAUUCCAGUCUUUGUUCCAGAAGUAUUGGUCAUCCCCAGCGCGCCUGCCUGGGGGGUGGCCCUGGCUGUCCUCCUGCCGGCUCUGCUCUUCUUCAUCAUCGUCGGGAUCAUCGGCCUCUUCUCGAAACGCCACAAGGAGAAAGAAACUCUCUCACUGGAAAGAGAUUUUGAAGAUAAAGAGGAAGAAACUGCACGGAAAGAACUGGAGCAACUUCAAGAAGAAUUGCGGUGGAGAAGAGGCCUCUUGCAUGCUGGGAGCAAAGCCCCAGGCUUCACCAGACACCAUGGUGCUCGCACCUUUCCACUUCAGGUGAAUCUCAGAACUGUCACCGUCGCACACAGCAAGGUGGGGAAAGGAGAAAACCCUGUUCCCACAGUGGACGUGCAGGGGGCUCGGUGACACACCUGCAGGUGGGCAGGUCUGUGGGACAUCAGGGUCUGAAGCAUCUCCUGUCCCCAGAUGGUGGCUCCAGACCCAGGCACUAAAGCAAGGCUGCACGGAAACACUUCCCCAGCAUCUGUCCCCAGAUGCGCCUCUCAGGUGGCCGAUUGACUCUUAGGGACAUUGUCCUUUCCUACCCUCUGAAGAGAGCCCUGUUAGUCCCUUAAGUCAUAUGUCACCUGGAGAAACUGGUGGAAAACACAGGGCCAGUGAAGGGACCCUCCACUGCCCAGCAUCUGUUUUAGAAGAAGUGGCCUGAGUGCUUUACUGAGAGGGGGAGGGAAAGGGUCUCUGGGGUUUGAAGCCAAUUUGGAAAGUUUGCAACUGAAAAGAUCCUUUGUCAU